UUUUGUCCUCAUUAAUUUUUAGACUCCUCAUUAAUUCCACGAGAUUUGAAAUUGAUGACAUCAAUUGUCGGGAUGGAACACAACAUUUUCCUUAUAUUGGGAAUCAUAAUGAUUUUUAUUAUUGUCUCUUAUUGACAACUAUCAUUGAAGAAAUGGCGGAUGAUAUUACAACUAGUCGAACUACACGAUCUGCUUCAAUGUGCGCUUACGACGCUUUAGACGUGAAACUACCAGUAGGUGUUCUUUCAGUGAGUUCUGACAGGAAUUUACAUAAGAAAGAAUCGGAUAAAGAAUGUGGAACUAAAGUAUUCGAUAGAAAAACUAAUUCAACACAAAGACUAAAAAGAGCUACGAGAUCCCAAAGCGCUAAGAUGUCAUAUAGCAAUAAAAGUAGUCGACCAAUUAACUCUUCUCGAGCAUCUACUAAUCAGUAUCGUUAUCAGUCAUGCCAUGUUGGAGUAGGCAUUGUAUCACCACAUUGCAUUAGUGAACCGAAAUUAACUAACGAAAAUAUAACUCAUGGAAUAAGGAAACGAGAUAAUCGAAGAGGUCAAAGCAUGCACCAUGUUCAUAAUCAACAUAAUAAUACUUUGGAAGUUCCAAAUGAAAAAUAUCGAUACGAUUCACAGUCCGAAAAAGACGACAAUUCAGAUGAUACUAAUUAUCGAUUGCGGAGCUUUAGUCUCACAAGUAAAGGCGUCAUCAAUAGAGGUGAUUCAUUUCGACGAAAAACAUCAAAACCACAUUCAUCAACACAUUCAAAACGAGGAGGCGGAUGUAGUGAGCCACCAAAAGACGUAGUGUCAUACACAAUCGGCAUGCUUGGAGGUCCUGGAGUUGGCAAAACAGCUUUAAUCAGUCAAUUUAUGACCAGUGAAUGUAUCAAUGCUUACGACAAGCAACGAGAUGAAUCUAAAGAAGAAUCAGUUUUUGUGAUGCUUAAUGGUGAAGAAACAGAAUUGAAAUUCACAAAUGUAUUAGAUUUAAAGGCACAACUAGGAAAGGAGAAUCAGCCUGAAGCUUACAUCGUUAUGUAUUCUGUGAUUGAUAAGGUUUCUUUUCAACAAGCAGAAGAGUUAUUAUCAAAACUUCAUGAUCAAAAUGUGAUGAGAUCCCGACCUGCUAUUUUAGUCGGCAAUAAGAUUGACCUUGUGCGAUCUAGAGUGAUUAAUUUUCAAGAUGGAAAAUACACUGCGUAUACUUAUCAUGCAAAAUUCAUAGAAAUAUCAGUUGGCAUAAAUCAUAAUGUUGAUGAAUUACUCGUUGGUGUACUUCAUCAAAUCAGACUAAAGCGAAAAAGUUUCAAUCAUGCCACUGCAGGUGAUACUGAAAAAAUACUAAGAAGUAACCAUUGGUAUAAAUCAAAAAGUAUGAUGCGAGCAAGUAUAAAAGCUCAUAGAGUAUUAACAUGGUUAUUUAAAAAAGAAGAUAAUAAAUUCAAAAAUUGUGAAAAUUUGCAUGUCUUAUGAAAGUGUUAAAAAAAACUGAGUGUAACUAAUGAUAAAUAUAUUGAAAAUACAACGAUGUCUUGACAUGUAUUUUUGGCAAAAAUAUUAUUUAUCAUUGA